AUGCGGUGUGUAGUCUUUGUUUUACCUCCGGGACUUUGUGCCAAGUAGCACAGAGGAUGCUUCAGAAAAGAUCGCUGGUGUGCAAGUGGCAGCGGAGGGAAUGUUGCUGAAGGAGAUUCCCCGGGACGCUCUUGUGCGUCCUUUGACCCGGAACGAGGUGGUAGGCUUGGUAGUGCGACUGACCAUAUUUGGGGCGGUGACGUACUUCAGCAUCAAAUGGGUGGUGGACGCCCUGGAUCCCACGCGCCAGCAGAAGCUGCAGGCCAAAAAGAGGGCAGAGCAGCUGAUGAAGCAGAUCGGGGUGCAGGGACUCACGCUGACAGAGUACGAGAUGAACAUCGCCUCCCACCUGGUGGACCCCCGGAGCAUGAAGGUGACCUGGAGGGACAUUGCUGGGUUGGAUGAUGUCAUCACGGAGCUCCAGGACACAGUCAUUCUGCCCUUUCAGAAAAGACAUCUGUUCCAGGGAUCCAGACUCUUCCAACCACCUAAAGGGGUGCUGCUGUACGGCCCCCCAGGCUGUGGAAAGACCCUGAUUGGGAAAGCCACUGCCAAGGCCUCGGGGUGCCGCUUUGUAAACCUGCAGCCCUCCAUCCUCACCGACAAGUGGUACGGAGAGUCCCAGAAACUCACCGCGGCCGUCUUCUCCCUGGCGGUCAAGAUCCAGCCUUGCAUCAUCUUCAUCGAUGAAAUAGACUCCUUUUUGCGAAACCGCUCCAGUUUGGACCAUGACACCGCUAUGAUGAAGGCCCAGUUCAUGAGUCUGUGGGACGGGCUGGACACUGAGACAGACUGCCAGGUUAUGGUGAUGGGAGCUUCAAACAGACCUCAGGAUGUGGAUCCAGCUAUCUUGCGUCGAAUGCCCACAACCUUCCAGAUCAACUUCCCUACCCAAAAACAAAGACAAGAUAUUUUAAAGCUGAUUCUGGCAGGUGAAAAUGUGAGUAUCUCGCUAUGGUCUGUCGUUUCACUGCGCUGCUAAUACUGUAAUCACUGUAAUUCAUUCUCCCUGCAUCCUGUAUACAAAACCGAUGAGGACCUACAUCUAAACCAGUUUUUUUUUAGGAAGAUUCAGACAAACUGGACUGUCAACA